AUGCUCCUUGUUUUAGUCUGGCCUGAGGGCCUGGUUUGCGAAAUAAAGAUAGAACCUAAAAAGAAAGAAGAAAAUCAAGCCAGCCUUAUCGGUCAGGUAAACCCUAAUAAUUUCGGAUACAUACACCUAUUUCCAUCCUCUGCCCUUAGAGGCGAGGGUGCGACUAUUCAGGUGCAUCCGGCGAGCCGGGAAAGCUUGGUAUGUCCAGGCAGUGUGGCAGGUCAGGUGACACCAAACUACCGAAAGAACUUUACUACUAGGUCAUAUUUUAUUGGCCCUCAUAGGAAGAUCAUCACAGAUCCAGACCCAUGGUACAUAAGACGUCCCAGAACGAAGCCUGUUAUUAAAAUACACCAAAAUAUUGUAAUAGCACCAGCCCGCGUAGUGGAUCAAAAGGCACCGCCCAGUAAGGAGAGACUGGCUAGUCAAUAUUCCACGAAUGAAGGAAACUUCAAUCAAGAUGAUCAUGAAAAUUUGAUACAAGAUUGUCGCCAGUCAAAGCAAUAUUUUUCAAACAAUAAUAUACAACAAAAUAAUCAGCAGCAGGCUAUUAUUAAAGACGGUAACGGAAAUCUGAUUAACCAAAGUCCUAAAGAUAAUCAGGACCUUACCCAGAAGUUUCUUGAACGUUGCGAUUUUGCGAACCAAGACAAUGUCAACCAAUAUCAUCGGGAGAGCCUGAUACAAAAGCAACCGGUUCGCCAAGAUUCUGCGAACCAACAAAACAACAGACGAGACAACCAAGGUGAUUUGAUACAAAAGUAUUUGGUUCGCCAGGCUUCUGCGAACCAAACUAACGUUAAUCAAGGAAACCAAGAAAGUCCGAUACAAAAGCAUCUGGUUUGCCAAGAUCCUUUGAACCAAAAUAACGUCGACCACGAUAUAAACAAAUACCUGAUUCGUCACGAUUCUGCGAGUAAACGUAAACUUGGGCAAGAUAUCCAAGAAAACUUGUUGACAAAAUCUACAAAAGACGUCCGACAGGAGGAUCUGUUUGAUAAGCAACUAAUUCGCUACGAUUCUGCAAAAAAAACUUACGAAGGACAAGAAGACCCACUGGGCCAGUACUCAGUACAGGGAGACAUUGUAAAGAAACAAAAAAUUGGACAGAAGAACUCUGUUAACAACUGCCUGAUUCGUCACGAUUCUGCUAAGAAAGAUAACUCCAGACCAGAGGACAUAUUAAAUAAGCCCUUGGUGCAGCAUGAUUCUGACGAGCAAAAUAGUGUUGGUUACGAGAACCUGUUAGACAAGUUCUUGAUUCGUCGUUCGUCUCUGGAUAACAUUGACCAGGAAAACGCACUACGCAAGCUGCGGGCUGAUCACCAUUCCACUAAGAAACAUAACAUUGACCAAAAGAGUCUGGUGAACCAGUACGUGGCACAACACGACUUUGCGAAGAACGAUAACUUUGGACAAAAGGAACUGUUAGACAAGUAUUUGUUCCAUUACAGUUCUGCUAAGAAAGACAAACCCGUACGGGAAGAGUUAAUAGACAAGUAUUUGGAUUGUCACUUUACUCGGAGGACGGGAAACGACGAGACUAUAACAAACGAAUUUGUGGUUCCUUAUGAUUCGGUAAAGAAAGAUAACGACGAUCAAAGGGACUCAAUAGACAGGUACCUUCUUCACGAUCCUGGGAAGAAAGAUAACUUCAAACAAAAGAGCACAAUAAACGAGAACGUGUCACAUCACGAAUCUGGAAAGAAAAAUUACGCGGGACAAGAAGACCCAUUGGACAAGUACUUGGUGCAGCACGACCGUGCAGAGAAAAACGAUAUUGGUCAUGAGGACCUGAUAGACAAGUACUUAAUUCGUCACAACUCUACAAAGAAAGAUAAGUCCAAGAAAUACAAAAAUAGUAAGCAGAGUACAGUGGUACGAGAGGCCCACCACGACUCUGCAAACAAAGAUAUCAUCAGUCAAGAGGACCCAAUAGACAAGUACUUGGUCCGGCAUUAUUCUGCAAAGAAUGAUAACGUUGGGAAAGAGAGCGUACUAGACAAGUACUCAGGUCACAACGAUUCACCUGCCACAUCUUACUCGAUUGAACAGGCUUCUUCCAAUUUACAAAACGUCGUACAAGAGAACCUGAUUGACAAAUACAUGGUUCGUCACGACUCAGCAAAGAAAGCUAUUGCUAUUCCCCGAUUAACUACAAACAAACAUAAAAUUGUUAAGAAAAACGAAGAGAGCUUAGUUGACAAAUACCUGGCUCGCCACGAUUCUAAUAAUAAAGAUAACGAACAAGAAAGCGUAUUGAACCAGUACCUGGUUCGCCACGAAUCAACAAAGAAAGAUAACGUCACACACGACAAACAAGAAAGCGAGUGCGUGGUUCACCAGGAUUUAGCUGAACAAACAAAUCAAAGGAAUUUGGCGGAAAACGAAUCCACAAUGCCACCUCCUGACAAAAAGGAUAAGAAGCAGCAAGCUUUGCUUCAAACUUACUUGAAUCCAGGAACUGCUGCUACAGUCAUCGCAGUAAAUGCUACUGAUGAGAAAGGUCUGUCUUCUGGAAUGGUAGAGUAUUUUGUGGACGAAGAUGGCAAAUACUACUAUCAGUCGACGGUCGAUGGCCAAGCUCUGGUCAUGAACACACCGGCAGUCAACCAGGAUGAGACUGCUGAAACAUCAGAUGCAAUUAUGGCUGACCCUGGAGACACUUUCCAGACUGUUACCUUCGUACCCUCGGAAAACAAUGGAGAGGUCAGCUAUGUGCUGGUCGUGCAGGAGGAGAAGGCUGUUGUCAACAUUGAUCUCAAGGUACCAGUACAGACGGAGGAGGAGAAAGGCAACGAAGACGUCUACAACUUCGAAGAAGAAGAAGCAGGAGAGGAGGCAUCGGAAGGUGAAGACGAGGAGAUGGCAGAGGGCUCCACAGCAGCCCCCAAACCAGCACAAAAACGGACCAAGACCCUUAGACCACACUUUACUUGCAAUUUUUGCUCCUAUACUAGUCAUCGACGUUACCUGUUACUCCGACACAUGAAAUCUCACUCUGAGGACCGCCCCCACAAGUGCAGCGUGUGCGAACGUGGCUUCAAGACGAUCGCCUCUCUGCAGAACCAUGUCAACAUGCACAAUGGCAUCAAGCCUCACGUCUGCAAGUACUGUAAUAGCCCCUUCACUACCUCUGGUGAGCUGGUGAGACACGUGCGCUACAAGCACACCCAUGAGAAACCGCACAAGUGCUCGGAAUGUGACUAUGCGUCCGUCGAGCUAUCGAAGCUACGGCGCCACGUCCGCUGUCACACUGGCGAGCGGCCGUACCAGUGUCCACAUUGCACGUACGCGUCUCCAGACACGUUCAAGUUGAAGCGCCAUCUUCGUACGCAUACUGGGGAGAAACCUUACAAGUGUGAGCACUGCAAUAUGUGCUUCACUCAGUCCAACUCACUGAAGGCUCACCGGCUCAUUCACAAUGUUGCUGAGAAGCCAAUGUACUCGUGCGAGUUGUGCCCGGCAAAAUGCGGGCGUAAAACAGACCUGCGGAUUCAUGUACAGAAGCUACAUACAUCGGACAAACCGCUCAAGUGCCGGCGCUGCGGGAAGUCCUUCCCAGACCGAUACUCUUGCAAAGUGCACAAUAAGACUCAUGAGGGCGAAAAGUGCUUCAAGUGUGACAUUUGCCCCUACGCGUCUACUACACUGCGCCAUCUGAAGUCUCACAUGCUGAAGCAUACUGAUGAGAAGCCGUUCCUUUGUGACCUCUGCGAUCAAUCUUUCAGGCAAAAGCAAUUGCUUCGUCGCCAUCAGAACCUCUAUCACAAUCCCAACUACGUGCCGAAGCCUCCUAAAGAAAAGACGCACACGUGCCACGAGUGCAAGCGCAUGUUCGCACACAAAGGCAAUUUGAUUCGUCACCUGGCUAUCCAUGACCCAGAUUCUGGUCAUCAUGAGCGCGCUCUCGCCCUCAAGAUCGGCCGGCAAAGGAAGGUCAAGUUUAUUGAAGAGGAACCUAUGAGGGAUAUCCGUGUGGUCGAUUCCUCGGAUACAGCAGAGAUGAUGAAGCUGGGUUUGAGUAAUAAUGAGCUGAAGCGAGGCGAGCUUGUGACGGUGGCUGAUGGGGACGGCCAGCAGUAUGUGGUGCUCGAAGUCAUUCAGCUGGAGGACGGCACAGAGCAACAAGUUGCUGUCGUUGCCCCAGACUAUUUGGAUGAAGAUGAACAAGGAGAAGAGGAAGAGGAAGAAGAGGAGGAAGAGGAAGAAGAGACACAGAGGACUUUUACUGUCAAAGACCCAGUGGCUGAACGGAGCAUUAAACUUGAAAAAGAAGUAGACACAUGCUUUGGAUUCGAUGAGUUAUUCUUAGAUGCGAAUGAUUCGGCAGUUAACACAUUCAGUGCCCCCGACGCGUAUGUGCGUUUCCUCGCACGCACAUACGCGUCGGGGGCACUGAAUGUGUUAAUACCAAAUUAUUUAUUACAAGAAGAGGAGGAUGAGGACGGGGAAGAUGAAGAUUAUACUGAUAAAGUAGUUUUGCGUUUAGUUUAGUGUUGUAUCAAUGUCGUACAGGUUACCGGCAUGGCCGAUGGACUAUAGUCCAUCUUGUAACUAAAAUAUUUAUUAUUUCUACAGUUUUAAGUUAUCGGCAAUGGGAGGCGUAGUAUUUACUACUAAUUUAUUUACUACGACUUGUAUUUUGAAUAUAUUUUAUUGUCCAUGUUACUUAUGAAUGACACUAGCUUUGUUCGAGUUUUUAUAACCAUAUUAAAAAAAUCAUAAAAACGAUAUAGGAUAAUUAUUUUACUGAUAUCGUUAAGAACCUUGUUUGAUAAAUCUGUCCAUGUUUCAAACUAACAACUCACAGAUUAUUUACUUCGACACAUUUUAUAUUAUGUCGACUCGAUGUUUUAAUACACAAACUCGGCAGGACAAGGACAAGUGUUAUACAUAAAUAAGGUUAAUACAAGCAGGUUGCAUUCAGUCCAUUGUAUUAGCUUAACGUGAAGACAUGACGUGCGUCUCGUGAAUGUGUUUAAUAUAAGUGCUUUAACGAGGGUUCUCUUGGUGUUCGCUUUGUGUGUGUUUAUGCUUCGCGACACAGUGACCAGGGCUGUGCGAAUGAAUGAUUUUAGAUUUUUAUUAAGUAGACGUUUGUAAAUGUUUAUUGAAUCGUGUCUCGUCAUCAAAGGGACGAGCCAUAUAGUUUUAGCUUUAUCUUGUAAUUUAUUGAUGUACUAGCCUCCUUAGUACCUGCCUAAGUGUCAGAGAGGGAUCUCACACAUGACUUUAGAGUUUUAAAUUAUCUCGUUCUCACUUGUUGGUCAGUCUAGACGCCAUGCCGGUAAACUGUUAUAUGCGUCGAUUGUACCAAAUAAUAUAUAACAAUCGAUUUAUUAUUAUAGAAUUUUGAGGUCUAACGAAAGUACGUAACUAGUUUUAUGUAACAUUUACCUUGUUAUAAUUUAAUUUGUACUCACUAUGUGAAACUGAAGAAUUGCGCGGUACCGUGCCCGUGUUUUUGCUUUAUGUGUGUCUUUGUUCAUUUGGUUGCCGUACAACAAUACAGGAUGUUGUUGCUUCGCUGCCUGCCUCGUACUUACCCGCAAUCCUAACUUGUAGUUGCGCACUUUCGUUGUCUCUGUAUAUGUACAGUUGGAACUUAUUUAAAAAACCCUUGAACAUACAUUCCGUACGAAUACGGAAGUAAAAAAUUAUAGUAAGGCACGAGAAGCUAACGAUGAAAAAUGAGAUAUAUUAAAUAAAUAUUUUUUGUACUGAAGUGUUGGGCGUAGAGUUGCAUGUAAGUUGACGACCGCGGCAACGAUCUAUUUGUAGUUGGAGGCGCGCACUGCUCGAAUAGUGCAGGGAGGCGCUAGCUUCUCGUGUCUGCUAAUGUUAUACACAGUGACUGGUUGAGCACGUUGCGGGCGACGCGUUGUCUGAGCUCCUUCAUCCCCAGUAUUAGUGCCCUGGGGCUCCACAGUGCGCUCAAACACUCAACUCGUGCUCAUAAUUAUGGAAGAAUCACUAUAAGUAGAUAAUUAAUUGUGUCGGUAAUCUUGUGUUAAAGAAAGAUAUUGAAUUAUCUCGUUAGUAAUGAAAUUGUGUCUAGUUUACACUUUUACUCGAUGGCCAAAUAAUGAAUUCAAAGGCGUUUUCUUUAUAAAUUAUGACCUAAAUAAAAGAGUAAACUGCUCUGAAAAUCUUUAAAAAUGUUAUUAGUUUAUACUUAACUAUAGUUUUAGGUAAUAUAAGAUGAAGAGAUGGAUACCCUGGAGUAUGAUGGUAGUUGGCUAGCACUUGAAGUUCCGUGGGUGCGGGCAGUCACCAGCUCUCCCCACAUGUCGCCAGCUACCGCCCUACCCCGGACCGACUUUGAACAACUUUUGUAUAUUAAUUUUGGCUUUAGACGAGUUUGUUUAUUAUUUUCACUUACCACAUGUUUUGUACCAUAAUUUCGUUUAUUUUCAUCACGCUUCCUAAAGCCCAAAAAGAUCGUUGUAUAGUUGUUCAAUUUAUUGUAAAAAAAACUUGGAUAAAUGGCAAAUCACAACUUAUUUCUUGUUUUAUUUUUCACUUGAACUUUAUUUAUCAUCAAUAAUUAGUUUGGA